AUGUUAACCAAUUCCUACGCCCAAUCUAUGUACAUAAACCCACAGCAGCAAGUAGCCCCCCUGCCCUUCGGAUACACUACCAACACACCCACCAACCCCGUAUAUCAACCCUAACCACCAAUCGAAACAGAAUAUUAAAUGUAGGUGUAACCUGAACCACAUAGGGAGCAGAUAAUUGUGCAAUAGCCGAUGCCAAACAAAACUAUAACUUUAGCUAAACCUAAGAAAUAUUCAUAUUUGAUAGAUUGGUUACUCUACAUAUUACCAAUAGCAUUCUUAAUUAUAAUUCUACUCAUUAUGGCAUUGCUCUUUGCUUCCAAAGUGAAACACUUCAAUCCAGAAGGUGCACACAACACCCUCGAAACUUUGAAAAAUAACAUGCAAUUGGCCCCAAUAGAAGACAUAGUUGUUGCAACCACCUCCUCCUCUGCAUCUGCAUCAACUCUCAACAUGAUAUCCUACUUCACACAUGAUGCAGUGGAAUGUCCAGAUGGUUAUGGACGAACUCAUCUGGGUUAAUGGGAUGGAGUUUCAUCUGGAUGCAUAUGUGAGAAUGGAAACAUUAGUCAUUCUCUCACUUGUUUCUAUAAAUCCAAUUGUAAACGAGUGAAAUCUCACGAUCCUGAAAUAUUUACAACAUGGCAAUAAAAAUAAUAUUGUACUAAAUUAUAUGCCGAGUGGAAAACAUUGGAAGGUGCCGCUUGUGAGACAUCUUACAAAUAGUGUGGGAAUGUUUGUGUUCCAUAAUCCAAAAACUGUCCACUCUCAGGGUUACUCAAAGACAACUCAAGACAGAAUGAUAGAAAUGCAAUUAAAAUUGGAACAGAUAAUUACAUUAAACAAUUUGAGAACUCCUCUCCAAUUGUAAGUCUUGAAGUUGUACCAGGAAUUGGAGAAACUGAUUCAUCUCCAUGUUACAAUCACAAUUUGAAUCCAAAAUUCUAAUCAGCUAAAUAUUACCCUCUAGCCAAAAGACCUGAAAUUGGAUGUGAUAAUUAUAAAGAUUUGCAAUCACAUAGAGUCACCUUGAAUACUUUCUCUGCUCAUCAAACUUAUUAACAAAAUGGCCUGACUGAUGUACUAUCACAAUUGCCUUUCUAUCAAAAUUACGAAGACAACUCAGAUACGUAUGCAUUAGAAGCCAUCAAGAAAAUUCAAAUCAAUACCAAUGAAGUUUGUUAGAAGCUAUCGCCUAAAGAUAUCGACCAAAUCUCUAAGAGUGGACAAAGAGUCUAUAAAUCAGAAAGAGCCAUGUCUUUAAUUAUUAUUAUAAGUGCAGGAAUUGUUCUUUUCCUAGUCCCCAUUUUGUAUUUGAUGAAAAACAGAAUUUUCUAAUGGAUUGAUAUGACAGAUUUCCAUUAACCCAAAUUCUUAUGUGGCAUUGCAUUGAUCAUCGCCAUUUUAUGCAUUGGAUUAGGAGCUGUCUAUUUAAAUGAAGUGGAUGGAAAUAAUGGUCUUAAAGAACAUAAUGUAUAAUUCUCUAAAUAUCUUGAAAAAAACUGUUUCCCUGACGAAGGCUUGAAAUUGGCUAUUUCUCAAGUGAAUGAUUUCUCCAAAAAUACCUACAACAACACUUAUUCCUUUGUUAUUGCAGCCUUUUAUGCCAGUAUCGUCUUUAUUGUACUUCUAAUUAUUUUGGUCGCUUACUAAUACUAUACUCACAAAUCGUUGUUUGACAAUCCUUGGACUCCCAGAUAACAGGAGUAUUCAGAGUUUCAUUGA